GGCUCGGGGCAGUCGUCGUACAACUCAGUGAGAGCAGUGACUCCUCGGUAGUGAGUGUCGCAUCAAUCAUAACAGUGCCGUGUUGUGUUGUGAACCAGUGAGUGUGUCGGUGAUUGAUGUGUGUGCUGUGCGGGGUGACUUAGUGAGUGAUGAGCCUCAGUGUUCACGUCGGCCCCUGGGCGGACGAGGCCAAAGGAGUGCUCAAGGCGUGUGAGAGAGUGGACGACGAGUUGAGGUUAUGUUUGGACCGCGGGAGCGACUCCGACAGCCAGCUGGAGUUGAACCGGUCGCUGACCGAACUCAUCGAGUCGAUCACCUGCAAGGGGGACAGCGGCGACGAGGACCUCGAGGAGGACUCGGGUCGGCGAGUGGUGGCCGAGAUCGUGGAGCGCAUCUUGGACCGAGUGGAACAGACGGCGUCCGGCGCGCCCCGCCGGCGGAGUGUGGAACUAACCGAGGCGCGCGAGAUCGAUGGUGAGGGAUCACGUGACACCCGCCACCCGGGGGCGGACUCGCCGAAGAAAGUGCGCAGGAAGCGGGAUCGCAGUGACCACGGGAGGAAGAAGUCGCGUAGAAGGUCGACCUCGUGUUCGACGACCUCGUCCGCGUGCUCCGACGUCUCCAGGAAACACAGGCGGAAACACAAACAACACAGGAGGAAAGAGGAGGAUCCCAGUCCGAGGGUGAAUCCGAUCUUCUUGUGGGUAAAGCAGGACGACACGAGGAUAGUAGAAGUACUGUGCGAGGACUACGACAAAAGGAACAGGCUACGGCUGACUAAGACGGCCCACGGAUGGCGUGCCAUGCCCAGGACGGAGAGGCUGGACUCGGCACUCUCCAGGAGUUCCCUGGAGUUGUCCCCCACCUCGGAGUGUCCUCCCCCUCUAGUCUCUCCUGCGGUCAUCAAGACCGAGCCUGCUGAAGAGCUCCCUCAUACCAAAGAGAAAAAGGCGAAACGCUGUUUAUCUAGGAAGAAUAAGAAUAAGCGCUGUGAUAGGAAAAAGGACAAAGGCUUUAAUCAUGAAGAUAACUAUGUAGAUGAAUAUAAAAAUGUAGAUGUUGUAAAUAAUAAUCACUGUAGCAUUAGUAACAAUAACAAAAUUAUUGAAAAUAGCGUAAUUUUAGAGCCGAAUCUAUCUGAACCGAGUUUAAGGAGUUUUGGAUAUAAAAAGGCGUGCCAUGGAGAUUUAGGUGUAGAUAAUAAAAACAAAACGAGAGACAAUAAAGCAUUUGACGAUUUCGAUGUAUAUACGUUUGUACCAACACCAAAGACAGAUUUUGAAGAUAAUAAUAAUGUGGAGGACGCUGUUUCUGAUAUGGAACCUGAAAUUCCAACUAAUACAGAACUCGAAAUUAAGCCAGAGCCUAAAGAAGAGAUCGUUGAGCCUGAACCGGACCUCCCUAAAACUGAAUGUAAUGUAGAAGAAAUAAAAGUCAAACUUGAAACGUCAAUAAAGAGCCCUGAACCCACUGUUGAAGAAACCAAACGCGAAGAAGAAUUAAAAUCUAAUGACAGUGAAGCUUUAAUAAACAUGGAAAUCUGUGAAUCAAAUCCCGAUACAGAAAAUCGUUCCCCCAAACAGGAAGAAGAAUGUGAAUCAGAGAAACCUUCAAUUUUAUCAGAUUCGCUGUCAUCAAGUAUUGAUCUCGAUUCUAAGUUGGAAGAAAAGGAAAAACAACAUGAAGAGAUAAGAAUAUCGUGUGAGUCCGAGUUGAAAUCUUGUGAUUCGGAUUUAAAAUCAAGUGACUUAGAUUCAAAGUGUCACGAUUCUCAGCAGAAGUCUUGUGAGGAUUUAAAUCCAAUGCAUUCACAAAAUGUGGAGGUUCACGAAGAGUCAAUUAAUGAACAACUAUCUAAACAUCAAAGCCCAUUAAAAGAAGCAGUAGAUCAACCUCAACCUGAAACACCGAUUAUUGACAACUUAGAAGAUCAAAGUGAAGCAAAAUCCGUUGAAUGUGAACCGGUGGUUGAUUCCAAACUGUGUAUAGAUUCAAAUGUUAUCGAGGACAUGGAAGACGAACAAUUAGAUCAAGAUUUCAAUGAUCUCAUUGAAGAAGAAAUAGAUGAAGAUGAUGAUGAAGAAGAAACACCUCCUGAAGUUAUAUUACCUGAGCCGCAUUUACAAACACCAGAACCCUCUCCACAACCUGUACCUGAACAUUCAAUUAAUGAGCCAGAAAGUAGCCUUACUGAAAUUUCUCUUCUGCCUGACACAUCCCUUGAUUCUGAUACGAUACAUCUUCCAGAUACCACGACCAAAUCUGACACUUCUCUUUUGAUAAGCACUAACAUUUCUUUAGGCCAGAAGCUGUCAAUUAAGGAAUCUCCAGACAUCACAAUCGAUACAUCUCUCAUUGGUGGUUCUUCACUAGCUAAUCCUAAGUCUGUUCACGCGACUGAGAUCAGUCAUCAUUCUCAUAGCGAUAUAAAAGCGUCUAUGUUGCAUGAUGCAGAAAUAGAACGACAAAUAACAGCAGACCUUGAUGAAGAUCAUUUACUUGCUAUAGAAGAAAUCCUUCAAGGAGAAGAGUGCGUAGAAGAUUUUGAUGAUGACGAUUUACCAGAAGAAUAUCCAGUGAGUCAUGAAUCACCUGUAAAUUUAGUUAUAGACUUGAAAUCUAAAGAGCAAGUGGAUAAUAGUGGAAUUCCUCUUUCUUUAAGGACGGAUGACUUUCUCGAAAUAUUUCCUUCGCCUAUCUCCAUGAAAGAACAGUCUGAGCUUCUUCCACCAAUUACAACACCUAAGAAGAACGUUGAAACUGUAGAGAAACUUAUUCCGCCAGCUCAUCAACAGAGUAAAACAAAGUUCCUAGAAUCAAUAUUGUCUUGUCCUAAAAGGUGUCAUAAUGAUAGUGACAAAAAAGGUGAUUCCUCCGUUCAACAGGAACCGUUAUAUCUAGGUGUGUCUAGAAAAAGUGCCAGUCCUACAGUUAGCUCUUCUGAUGGGAGAAAAUUCUCUUCUCCUGAACUGGAACCGAAGCCAAAACGUUUGAAAGUAGAAGAUAUCACGCUUAAAACAAUUUUAAACAGAAACAGCAAAGAUUCUCUCUCGAAAACUAAAAUCAACAAGUCUAAAGACACUGAAGACACACUACAAUCAGCUGAUUCAACGACAAAAUCAAGAUUACUGGAGCUAUUGACCAAUGAGAAUGAUGAACAUAUCAACAAGUUAGAUCCUUUGACGCAGUUGAAAGAAGUGCUUUCAGAUCCUGAUUUAAACGUUCCUGAUCCUCUUUUAGUGCCGAGAGCAAGACUUCCCGCGUUGGUAGCAAAUCCCGCUAAAGAAAUUCCCAGAUUGCUUGCCAUGAAAUCAGAAAACUUAUCAUACCCAAAACUAUUAACCGACCCUGAUUUGCUGGUUGUCUCCUUGUCUCAUCUACAAAGUCUAUUGCAAGCCGCCGGCAAGGAAGAGGAAAUGCUGAAAUACCAACAACACGCCCAGCUUCUUCAGCAACAGAUGAAGCAAGAGCAACCCACUCUGGACGCCGCCACUGCAACAGCUCUAAACCAGAUGAUGUGGUUGCCUUACCUCAGUCAAUUAGAGGCAGCCGCCAUGGCGUGUGGCAACACGCAAGACUUCAUGACUAUGCUGAACAUGGUCUUCCCCUCGGGAACCUAUCCCCAGAUGAAUCCCUACAUGAUGUCAUCUUCUUCCCCAGGGAUCAACGCAUACGACUAUAAAAGCCAGAUGGAGUUCCAGCAGGCCUUUGCACUGUGGAAUGAAGCAAUGAUGCAAGCGGCUACAAACCAAUUUGCAGCGCAAACUCUAGGCAGUUCCAACAACAGCAGUAACAUAUCAUCAAAAUUAUAUCAGAACUAUCAAGAUACCAAAUACAACCCAAAACUGUCGCACACUAACUCCCAGAGCAAACAGGACCCCAAACAUACCGCUGCAAGGACCAGUCCGAUUACUCUAAAUUAUCAACAGAACAAAUACAGAUCAAGUCAGUACCCGUACACGUCAAUGUUCAGCAUCCCAACAUCAACUCCGACAACAUCUCUGGCAUCCGGGGGAACGGCACCUUACAGGACCACCCAGUCAUCCCAGUCUCAACAAUCAUACCAAAGCAGUAGACAGAGAGGUUACAACUACAACAGCGGAUAUUCCAGCAUGAGGCCUCCAACUAUACCGUCCUCUCCGAGCGUACCCAAGGUCGAUCCUGCAAUAGUGGGGCCCAUCAGCACCUCGGACUUGUACAAGAGUCAGCAAAAACACAGCAGCAGCAGCAGCAGUUGCAAGUCACUCAUGAACAUCCUGUCCAAGCCGAAACAGUCUGAAGUGAAGAACGUCAACAGAGUGUACCCUACGUCGACGACAAUGCUGCCCAAGGAGACGACGAUAAGGACGACCUCCUCGGUGAGGCAAGAACCUCCCAAGCUGAAAGUGAAGCAACCUCAACAUCUCGUCGACCCCAAUUCGAGGCCAAAACUCCUCAACUUCGACGAGCACGGGGAGGUCGGGAGCACCACGGGAUCCCUGACCCCGCACUUGGACGAGGCUCACCCCAACCUCUGGCACCCUCUGUUCAGCAGCCACCAGCAGAAGAGCUACUCCUCGCCUUGGCAGUGGACGACCCCUGUGACCGUGGCUGGUGACUGACCCUGGCUGACCCCCUUCCAGCCACCACACUGGUAGGGGAGGGGGGACUGCGCCCCCUUGGCUCCGACUGACUGUGACUGCACCCCCCUCCAUGGCUGUGCCCCACCCCACGUUACUGUAUUGUCGUUACGUUGGACACACUGACUACGAUCGACAGUGCUGAUGCUACCUAACUACUAUAUACAAAUAUUUAUAAACAUCGUUAAAUGAAUAUAUUAGUGUGUUUAUGUUAAGUUUUGUAA